UAAAUAUUUCAGAGAGAAUGUCUGUUCUGACAGAGAGGAAGUAUACUUGCAGGGUGAGCUCUACACUAAACCGGGACACUAAGCAGUUUGGGAAGAAGUUUCUCUUUGAUAAUAGAGAAGAGACCUGUUGGAAUUCGGAUCAGGGUAGUCCGCAGUGGAUAUCUCUCGAGUUUCCCGAACUUUCUUCAAUAUCUGGAUUCUCUCUGCAAUUUCAAGGUGGGUUCGCUGGUAAAGAGUGUUAUGUCGAGACAGAAGGUUCUCUAAAGGUUCUAGAUUUCUACCCCGAGGAUAGUAAUAAACUUCAGUACUUCUACCUCAAGGAAAGAGUUCAUGUCAAGAAAAUUAGGAUUGCAUUUAACUCGAGCUCUGAUUUCUACGGAAGAAUUACUAUUUACAAGCUGGAGUUUUAUCCCUAACCUCAGCCUCAGUUUCUCGUGGAAUUCGGACCUAACGUAUAAUACAGCUUUGCUGGUACUGUGAUAGAACAUGACAUUCUCAAAAAAAUAUGAAAUGUUUUAGGCCUUGCAUCUAUUUUUUGUGAAGCUUAGGCCUUAGUCAAGCUUGACCCAUUUCAUCGUAUUAUGUAAAUCUGACUCAAAUUUUGAAUUACUAAUUUGUAUAUUAACUUCGGCUGUGAUUAAAAGUAUUUUUGUAUAUUUAUAUUAUUCCUAAAAUAAAUCUGUUUUCAGA